CACUGAAGUGAAACUGAAGUGGAGACACUUACAAUACUGCAGCACAAAACAGACGCACAUGACAAAAAUCUGUUUCUACAAGUAUCCAUCAGUUAGAGAGAAUAUAAAACACACACUGUAGAAAUGGCUUCCUGCAGCAGUUUCCUGUAUGAAGAUCAAUUCCUGUGUUCUCUGUCUGGAUGUGUUCACUGAUCCUGUCUCUACUCCAUGUGGACACAACUUCUGCAAGGCCUGUAUCACUAAGUACUGGGACUAUAGUGACCUGUGUCACUGUCCCAUGUGCAAGGAGAAGUUCUAUAGGAGACCGGAGCUUUGUGUCAACACUUUCAUCUCUGAGAUGGCUGCUCAAUUUAGGAAGUCAGUGAAAGGUAAACCCAACAGCCAACCCCUACGUCCAGCCAGAUCUAGAGAAGUGUCAUGUGACAUAUGUACAGGUACCAAGCUGAAGGCCCUGAAGACCUGUCUGGUGUGUCUGGCCUCUUACUGUGAGACUCACCUGGAGCCUCAUCAGAGGGUUGCAGCCUUGAAGAAACACAAGUUGAUCGACCCUGUGAAGAACCUGGAGGACAGGAUGUGUCAGAAACAUAACAAACUGUUAGAACUGUUCUGUAGGAAAGACCAGAAGUGUGUUUGUGUCAUGUGUAUGAGAACAGACCACAAGACUCAUGACACUGUCACUUUAAAGGAUGAGUACAGAACAAAAAAGAAUGAUCUUGGGAAGAUGAUGGCUGAGAUGAAGCAGAUGAUGGAGGAAAGAUGUAGGAAGGUUCAGGAGAUCAAACUCUCUGUAGGGACCAGCAAGAGAGAUGCAAAGAAAGAGAUAUCAGACAGUGUUCAGGUCUUCACUGCUCUGGUGCGCUCCAUUGAGAGAAGCCAGGCUGAGCUCAUUGAGGGGAUUGAGGAGAAGCAGCAAGCAGCAGAGAAACAGGCUGAAGGGUUGAUUAAAGAUCUGGAGCAGGAGAUCACUGAGCUGAAGAGGAGAAGCACUGAGCUGGAGCAGCUCUCACAUACUGAGGACCACCUCCACUUGCUCCAGAGCUUCCCAUCCCUGAGCACAACUCCACACACCAAGGACUGGUCUGAGAUCAGUGUCCACAGUGGUCUGAGUGUGGGGGCAGUGAGGAGAGCUGUGUCUCAGCUGGAGGAGACACUCAAUAAAGAGAUGGAGAAGCUGUCUGACACUGAACUGAAGAGGAUUCAGCAGUAUGCAGUGGAUGUGACUCUGGACCCUGAUACAGCAUAUUCCAACCUUAUCUUGUCUGAAGAUAGGAAACAAGUGAGACUUGGAGACAGAAAGCAGAAUCUCCCUGACAACCCAGAGAGGUUUCAUCUUUGUCCUUGUGUCCUGGGAAAGCAGGGCUUCUCCUCAGGGAGGUUCUACUAUGAGGUGCAAGUUGAGGGGAAGACUGAUGUGGAUCUGGGAGUGGCCAGAGAGUCCAUCAACAGGAAGGGGAUCAUCAGACUGACCUCUAUUAAUGGAUACUGGACUGUAUGUCUGAGGAAUGGAGAUCAAUUCUGGGCUCUGGCUGGCCCCCCUGUCCCCCUGUCCCUGAGACAGAAGCCCCAGAAGGUGGGGGUGUUUGUGGACUAUGAGGAGGGUCUGGUCUCCUUUUAUAAUGUGGAGGCCAGGUCUCAUAUCUACUCUUUCACUGGCUGCACCUUCACUGAGAAACUCUAUCCAUACUUCAGUCCCUGUCUGAAUGAUGGAGGUAAAAACUCUGCCCCUCUGAUCAUCACUCCUGUCACACAUUGAAAAAGAAAGAUCUGGUUUUGCCAGAGGAAAAGUACUGAUUAUAAAACAAAUUCAGAAUCAGACAAUAGAAUCAUAUAUUGUCUAAAAUAUUAUGUAGUAAUAAUUUUCACUGAUGGUUUUAAUUAAUGUUAUAGUGAAUGGUAUGAAAAAAUAAAUUAAAGACUGGAAUGACCCAAAUAAUAAUAGUAUAUUUGAUUAAACAAUCACAGAUUUACAAAUGUGUAUCCCGGUUACAGUAAUCUCAAUCAUAUAUAACAGUAAGUUAGUGUUGCCUUUAUGUAACCCAUUAUCUACUUGUAUAACACACCCCUUAAACUAAGAUACAAGUGUGUUCCCUACAUCUGGUGUUGUCUUCCACUCUACGUUCAUCAUAAGGUCAGGGGUCAGCAAGGUCAAUCCUGGAUCUACUAAUGGUCCUCCUCUGUCCACCAGAGGGGACAUUUCAGGUCUUUGAUCUCAGUACCUCCAUCUGGGUUGUCUCUUCCUCAUCUCUUCUUCCUCUCUCUUUACUGUAUACAUGGAGCUCUCUGACCUUGAAGUGAGGGAGUCGGACUAGUAAUCAGAAGGUUGCCGGAUCGAUUCCCCCAAGCCAAA